CUCCACAAGCGCAACAACGCGGAGCUGAGUUGCGCGACUUCUAACGAUGCACCUCACAAACACAUUAAGGACAGAUCUUGAAGAUGUCGCUGUUGUCAAUUUCGAGAUGGCCAAUUGACGACGCAGGUGUGCCUGCCAUUGAUGGCGCAGAAAGUUUUGCAGACCUGGUAGACAAGCUGAGCCAAUAUUUUCAACACACCAUCAACCUCCCGCACAGCUUCGAAGACUAUCGCACAAGCCAGCAUGGCCGUGCAUUACAUCCUCUGAUCGACCAUCUCUCGAACCAGGUACACCAUCCCGCGUUGGUGUCAGCCCUCCUGGCUCUCAAAGGUCACUUUUCCGCUCUUGAAGAAACAAGUGACGAACCUGGCGUCAAUCAAGCCAGAGGCUAUGCCUGCGAGUUCGUCGCUUGGCAAUUCUUAAACAGCCUCACCGAUCGAGAUGUCAUAGACUUCUUACUGCUCGAACUGCCGCCCACACCAUCUCCCGACAGCGAGCCUUCUUCGAGACCAGCCGACCAUAGCCACCAGAACGGCCAGCGCACCGUCCAAUCCAACGAGCGAACGCCUUUGCUUGAUGUAGCCAACAGUGAUUAUUUUGGUACAAGGAGUGAUGAUGCUACAAACCCGAGGUUUGGAUCACUGAAGAGUCGAUGUGAGAAUCUCUCAGCAUUAGAGAUUGCAGCAGUAGGUGGUGCAAAGAAGUUCCUAAGCCAGCGGCCGAUACAAAAGGUCAUCAAUGGGCUGUGGCGUGGCGACAUCGUGUUCUGGGAGACGCUCAGCGUCAAUUCUGUGAAACGUCCAAGAAAGUACAAUCGCAAACAGACCGACCCGUUCUCGCGUCUGCGUGUGCCUCGAUACUUGAAGGUAUUUGAGACACUCUUCUUUGCAAUAUUCUUGGCUCUCUACUAUGCGGUAUUGGUGCGCCGAGACCAGGAAAGAGUCACCAUUCCCGAGAUACUACUGUACGUGUGGAUAGCCAGCUUCGCGUACGAUGAGUUCGCCGAUUGGGUCGAUGCGGGACAGACCAGUUUUUACGCUUCUGACUUCUGGUGGAUGUGGGACAUCAGUAUUGUUGUCGUCGGUAUGACGUUCUGUGCUCUCCGAGUAGUGGGCUUGUCGAAUGGUGAAAUGGAUACUAUUGACCUUGCUUACGACGUACUCGGAUUGGAAGCCUUGUUCCUGGUGCCAAGAAUAUUCAGCCUCCUGAGCUUAAACCCGUAUUUCGGAACCCUCAUCCCAUGCUUGAAGGAGAUGACCAAGGAUUUCGUCAAGUUCCUAUCGCUUGUCCUCAUACUGUAUUUGGGCUUCCUGACGACUUUCGUCCUGCUAGCCCGGGAGACUUUCAAACCCCAGGAGAUGAGCUGGAUCUUGAUCAAAGUGUUUUUUGGGUAAAAAACUUACGACCAGAAACCUUUUUGAUCUCUGCUAAUAGUUGCCUGUAGAUCAAGCUACCUUGGCUUUGGUGAGUCCAAGUUGCAAUAGUCAUCUGCUCAGAAGCGCACUGACAAAGCUGCGCUAUAGACGUUGCUCAAGAAAUGUACGAAGUGAG